AUGACUUGCCUACGUCAUCAGGCUCUUCCGGCCGGCUUUGCCGACGAUGACUUCGGCUUCCAUUACGUGGAGCCAGAAGCUGCUGACGCGCCGCUCGCACAGCGGCGGGAGACGACGGAGGCGAUGACGCUACAACGGAAGAUUUCCAGCGCACGAAGCGUCGGUGUGGUGCUGGACCUGGUCACCGUCUCCGACCUCGACGCUUUGCACGUGGCCACCGCCCUACACCGCCUGGCGCGCCUCGGGGGCCGCGGUCUGGCGGCGUCCACGGCGGUGGAGGCGUUGCUGAAACGCCUGGAGGAUGGAACCAUGGAGAAGUUGGGAGCCCAGGCGCAGGUCUCGCUGCUUUGGGCCGCCGCGAAACUCUCCUUGGGCGGUCCCUGGCUGUCGCGUCUGGGGAAGGCGCUGGAGGUCUCCGACCUGUCAGGCCAUCAGUUGGCCACGGCCUUCUACGCCCUGGCGCGCUUGGAGUCCGGAGGCUUCCCAGCGCAGGAAUUCCAAGACCUGGUAGAACAGUUGCAUCGGGAGUUGCAGCGUAGACAGAAAGCCUUGGGGCCCGGUGGGACCUCGGCCCUGGACAGCAUUCUGUUGGCUGAUGCUCUGGCGAAGCUGCAGAUCCGGGAUGAGCCCCUCUUCAGCAGCCUGGCGACUGCCUUGCUGAAGCACCUGGAGGCCAAGCAGCUGGGCGUCCGAGAGCUGCGCCACGCGGCCAGCGCCUUUGGACAGAUGGGAUUUGUGGACAAACAGUUGAUGGCUAAAAUGAUGGGCUGGCUGCAGACGCGUUUGGACCACUGCAGUUCCAGCGAUUUGUCCGCCUUGUCCUUCAGCUUCUCCCGUUGCCUCCCCGCCGUGCCCGCGGGUCGCGCCUUCUUCGGCGCGCUGGUCCCGCAACUGGCGGCGCGCCUAGAGCGUGGGGAGGUCUCGCCGCAGGAGGCCACAGUCUUCCUGGUGAGCUUUUCCCAAGCGCAUCUGCUGGAUGAUCACGCGGAGAGCUUGAUGCGCUUGGCGCCGCUGAUCGAGAAGUCACCGAACGCGUUGAAUGGCCAUUGGAUGGCCUUGUUGGUUCCCGGCAUCAGCCAUUUAGCCAAAGCUUCGCUAAUGGAGGUGCUUGCGAACCGAAGCAGUCAGCUCUCCACGACCUUGUCCCCGCGUCAGUUGGCUCGUUUGGCCAUUGGUUUCGGACAAGGACAGCUUCAGAGUCCCAAGCUGUGGCAGUCUUUGACCAAAGAGGCCAUGUCCAAGUCUGGUUCCUUUUCAGCGCCCGAUACCUUGCGGCUGCUGGCCGGCUUGGAUGCAGCAAAGGUGAACGAUCGAAAGCUCCUGAAGAUCUUUUGGGCACGUGUUGCCGAGAAGCAAGCAAAGUACCUUGCCGAAGAAUUGUUGGCCUUGCUGCAGCUUUGGCCACGUCUACCGCCAGAGCUGCGGUCCGACGAGCUGCCACGAGACCUGAUGAAGCACCUCCGCACUCGCUUGGAGAAAGGAACCAAGGGGCUCGGAUGGGUGUGCCCAGGUGAGUUGGCUGUGGAGUUGUUGGAGUGGCUGCCCUCCAGUCGUCGUCUCACCGGUCGUCCUCUCGACCUACGGCUGCUGCGCGCCAUGCUGCUGCAGCUGCCGCGGCAACUGCGCAGCGGCCCGGAGACGCGACAACGACUGUUGAGCGCCCUCACCACGGACCCGGAGCUCUGGUCCAAGGCGCGCAGUGAGCUGCUGCCGGACGAGAAGUUCCACCGUGCGCUGGGGAAGAUCUGCCAGGACCUCCAAUCCGACGAUGGCUGGCGCGACGCGGUGGAGCUGGUCUUCUCCUGUGCACAGCUGGGCGUCGACAGCCGUGAGCUGCAGAAGCUGCUCCAGCAGCUUCUGCAGGAGCCGCUGCAGCUGGCGCAAAGUGCCAAGGUCUGCUGGGCCUGUGCAGAGCUAGGUGUCCUAUCGAAGGAAGCAGAGAAGCUUCUCCAGGUGGCCGAUGGAGACACCCAGGACGCGCUGAGUUGGCUGCGCCUCUCCUGGGCCUCCUUGGUCCUUCAGCGACCUCUGCCGCUCGAGCGAGUGACAGAUCUGCCGGGGGAAGUGCUGAUGCAGCAGAUGUCUCCCUCCGAUUUGCGACCUUUGCAACAACUUGCUUGGCACAGUCAGCAGCACCUGGGCCUCUCCAGCACCUGGUCCGAUGCCAUGCUGGGCGCAGGGCCGCUGGUGCCCCGCACAGCGAAGACCGCGGGAUCUGCGGGCGGUUCGAUGCCGAGCCAGACGGACGCCGAGAAGCUGCUGUCGAGCCUGCUGCAGAACCUGCGGGUGCCGCACGUCGUGGCUAGUUCCAAGGCGGUGCCCGGGAAUAUCUAUCGAGUGCCUUUGUGGUUUCCAGCUGCCAACGCCGUGUUGGAUCUGUCAACCAGCAGUGAUCGGUUGAUCUCCGGGAAGUACAGCGGGACGGCACGGAUGAGGCGCCGACAGCUUCAGGAAGCAGGUCUCCGGGUCCACGACUUCGACGUGGCACAGCUGCGGGGUGCCAGCCACGUGACGCAGCUCUGUGUACUAGAGGCUGCUUAUCUUGAAGAGGAGCCGUUGCAUGGAAUCAUGUUGGACUUGACCAAAGCCUUCAACAUGUUGCCGCGCUUUCCACUGUGGGUUGCCUUGCGUGCCUUGAAUUUCCCAGAGGGGGUCUUGCGUGCCUGGGUUGGAUUUGUGUCCGGGCAAGUGCGUCGUUUCCGGGUACGUCAGUCUGUCGGUGAUGGCUUGGUGUCAUGUCGCGGCUUGCCUGAGGGUUGCGCUCUUUCUGUCUUUGGCAUGGUCAUUGUGGACUGGUUGCUUGAUGAAUGGUUGAAGCGGGUGCACCCAACUGUGGUCCUCCAGGCCUUUGUGGAUGAUUGGGGUGUCCUGUUCCGUGUCAUUGAGUCUUUUCAGGGUAUAUGGACUGCCAUUAUGGAAUUUACCUCCCUGAUGGACUUAACUCUGGAUAUGCGAAAGACAAAGGUAUGGAGCACCACCUCAGAGGCCAGGGGCAAGUUGAGGGACACUACCCUACAAGUUGCAUAUGCGGCCAGGAACUUGGGAGCACACCAAAACUUCACUAGACACUGCUGGAAUAGUGUGCUCCAGGCUAGGUUGAAAACCAUGCCAGACGUUUGGUCCCGUUUGCGGGCCAGUCUGAGUCCAUAUGUGGCCAAAGUGCGUGCUGUUGUGCAAUUUGGUUGGCCACGUGCACUGCAUGGCAUUUCGGUGGUUCACUUGGGCCUUUCUCACUUCAAGGUCUUGAGAACAGGGGCCAUGCGGGGUUUGCGGGCGGAUAGAAAGGGGGCCAAUCCCUUGUUGCAUCUGUCAACCAAUGGAAUGCAUGUUGACCCUGAAGGAUGGACUUUCUUACAAACGGUGAGGGAUGCGCGAGAUAUGGGCGGGUUUGAACAAAUGGAGCGCUUUCUUGCACUUUUUGCUUCCAAAGACCUUGAUCUUCCGAAGAAUGGUCCUACGGCAGUUUUGUUGACCCGCCUUGAAAAAGUGGGCUGGUCGGUUGGUACGAAUGGGCUGGUGCAAGAUCGGUUUGGGAGCUUCAGUGUCUUUGGGGUGAGCUGGGACGAGUUUGUUUUGCGUGCUCGGCUUGCUUGGGGAACGGUCUUGUCGCUGCAUGUUGGUCAUCGCCCUUCUUUCCAGGGUAUUGAACUGGCGGACCUGGGGGAGCUUCAAAAAGCCCUUAAGCAGUUUGGACCAUUGGACUUGGUGUACCUUCGCUGUCAUUUGGACGGUACCCUCUUUACUCAAAAUGGCAGGGCUCGGUUUCGCCAAGAUGUUACUGACAAGGAUGGAUUCUAUCACAGGGCUUGGACUUGUCCUUACUUUGCUGAUUGCCGUGCUCACCUCACUCAGGAACAGCUGGACUUAGUUCCUUCUUUGCCUCGUUGUCUGUCUGAGCAUGGGUGGCCUGUCAUACUGCCGGAGUGGGAAGUUCUUGCGGGCUGGUUUUCAGGGGGUAAUGGAUUUCAUCAGUUGUCAUCUUUUGAACUCCCGCGUGCACUACAUGACCAGUUUGUAGAUGUUUUUGUGGAUGGAACAGCGGCCUUCCCCAAAGAGGCUAAACUUCGCUAUGCUGCUUGGGUUGUGACAUGUGCCCCUGGCGGACCGGGGACUUUGGAUAACCAGGUGGUUGCGGGCGGCCAUGUGCGCGGCUUGGUCCAGUCGCCCUAUCGUGCCGAGCUGUCAGCCGUUCAUGCGGCACUACAGUGGGCUGCGGAUCAACACAUCAAGGUGCGGAUCUGGGGUGAUUGCCAAGGAGUUUGUCAGGGUGUCAGAAGGCUCUUGCGUGGAGGCCGAGUCAAAACCAAUGGUCCUCACUCUGAUUUGUGGCAGGCAAUUCGCACCCUGUUAGACGGGAUUGAUGCUUCAGAUGUGGUGGUGUGCAAAGUCAUGUCUCAUGGCGAUGUGAAACAGGCGACGUCGCCACUGGAAGAAUGAGCACACUGGCAUAACUCUCUCACAGAUCACGCCGCCAAUGUUAUCAACGAACGCAGGGACCCAGAAUUCUGGGAAGCAUGGCGAGGGAUGGCUAGUGCACUCGAGCAACACCGCAAGUUGCACCAAGCCAUUUUGGUUACAUUGUUGCAAUCAGGUCGAAAAGCACACCGUGAGCAGCAGAAAGUUCCAAAGGCACGAGAGGUCAAGGUCGUCUCAGAGGUGAAGCUUGCAGUGCCCCCGCCGGUUUGGCGGCUGAGUGACAAGAUGGUGCGGCGCUAUGGGAUGCGUAAUGCUCAAGAGGUUCAUCAGUGGUGGUCCAGGGUUGGUUCUGGCAUGCUACAGUCUGAUACAGCUUUGGUGUGGAUUUCCGGACUGCAGCUUUUUGCAGCAUUCCUUUUGGACACAGCGUAUGAGGGGCCCUACCUCUGGAAAAAGCGGUGGUACUCCGAGGGAGAUGCAAUUCCACAUCAAGCGUUACUGCCAUGGGGAUCCCGGGUGAAGGCAUUUCUUUGUCUGUUAAGAGCAUACUUGGGACAGAAUGGCGUGAAGCUGUGUCAACGCAUGACGAAACCACAGUCAGCCGCACUAGCUAAAUGGGUUGUUGCAUAUCGGCUGCGUUGGAAGCCAAGUUUAAUCGACCAAGUCGAUAAGGCCUUGUUUCACACCAUGCAGCGCCAACUGGUCACAGCAUCAGAUGUGGCGAACCUGCAGCCUCCAAGGACGGGGUAGCCUGGGACCGAGCGCAGGGACUCAGGGUCGUUCGCUGCCCUGGGCCUCUUCAAUAACCC